AAUGGCCCGUGCAUACGGAACCCGCCUGAACAGGACAGACGCCGAGGCGUCCUUUCCGUCGCCGAGCAAGCAACAACUGCGACCGCGACCCCUCCAACCCGCAAGGCAGAUUGACCGGCAGACAACAUACCCGGCACACCAAGUUGCGAUUUUCACCGGAUGGCCGAGUCACCCGGAAUUCUGAUUUCACAACAAAAGACACGGUCGACACACCUGUUGGAUUGUGCCGUCCGCGAACGUGAUGCCCGAUAUUCUGUGCUCUGCGCUGGUGCCGUUCGUCUGAGAACAUGACCGACUCCGAUGGUUCUUGGUCUGCCGGGAGCGAGCAGCAAUUCUGGGAUGCUCUGAACGGCGUUGUAUCCUCGGCGUGUGCGACGCCCGAGCAGCUCGAUGAGGCCCUACGAUCAUGGCUCGAUCUGGUCUCCAAGGCCCGGGACGAGUACCUCGAAAGCGAAGACGAUGUCGCCCGUUGCUCAGAAAUGCUCCUGGAGAGCCCAAUUUUCAGCAGCAACUGCAGCUAUGUCCGGACGCAGCUCAUCUACAGCCUUCUGCAGGAGGACGAGUUCGCCCAACUUCAUGUAUACGCCAACUUUCUUCUACUCGCCGGUCGGACGAAAGAGGAUACAUUUCGGGUCAUGAUACAGGAAGGGUGUUUCGUCCGGUUGCUCGAGCUCAUCAAGAACUGUGGGGGUAGAGAUGGUCGUCUGCAUCGGCUUCUAUUGGAAUUGAUGUACGAGAUGUCACGUAUUGAACAUCUACGCCCCGAGGACCUUCUACAGGUUGACGAUAGCUUCGUCAUGUACCUGUUCCAGCUCACCGAGGCCCUGUCCGACGAUGCCAGCGACCCAUACCAUUACCCGGUGAUUCGAGUUCUGCUGGUCCUGAACGAGCAGUACAUGGUCGCCUCUACCUCGGCAGCAGUGGACCCUAGCUCUCCGGCCGUACUUGUGACAAACAGGGUUGUCAAGGUACUCAGUGUUCAUGGCCCGUCAUUCCGCACCUUUGGCGAGAACAUCAUCCUGCUCCUGAACCGAGAAACGGAGACCUCGCAACAACUGCUCAUUCUCAAGUUAUUGUACCUUCUAUUUACCACCACAGCGACGUACGAGUACUUCUAUCUCAACGACCUCCGAGUCCUGCUGGAUGUUAUCAUUCGCAAUCUUUUGGAUUUACCUUCCGAGGCGAAUAUGCUGCGACAUACGUACUUGAGGGUACUAGCUCCACUCCUCUCCCACACACAACUCAGCCAUCCCCCUCACUACAAACGGGAUCAGAUUCUCGGCCUACUCGAGAUAUUACGUGGUACAGGCAGCGCCCAUUUCAUGCCGCCCGAGCCCACAACGCUGCGCUUACUUGAACGUGUCGCGAAGACGCCAUGGUUGGCCGAGGAGGAGGCGGAGACGCCGGACAUGAGUCCAGUAGGGAGUCUGGCGCACUCACAAACCGGUAGCUCGGUGAGCGUUGUCGCGAACGUAACCGAGAAGCCAGGCAUCAAGACGCCGAGUCGGAGGUUGGGGAUGGGGCCGGACUCGAAAGACACGGAUGUGCGUACUCCUACUGAGGGUAGCCCGCCCAGACCGAAACCACCGCCGCCGAGGACCUUGAGGACAAAGAUGUCUCUGCCGGAGGUGCCCAAACACCGUCACGGGGCACCUAUUGUUCAUUCGGCGCUGGCCAAUGCUCAUGCCAACAAGAACGGGAACGGGAGCGGGGACGGGCAAAAGAAACUCCCACCCAAGAUUCCUCCACCUAGAAGGAAAGCGAGGCUUUUGCCUGCGACUGGGGGUGACGCUCGAGCAACGAGCGAGUCGUUGCCGGCGUCCGAUUCCGCCACUCCUGUGUCUUGAACCGUGGCUGAGAACGGCUUGGCCGCUCCGCCAUCGGCUACUUUGUUUGUAUUUGAAUACUCUGCGAAACCGCAUGUUGGACGGAUUGGAUCAAUACCCUUUGUUUGUGUAUUGUUUAAUGGUAUUGAUGGCGUUUAGUUGGGCCGUUGGCAGGAUUGGUAUGAACCUCAACCGAUUAGAGAAUCCUAUGGGCGAUAGAGGAUGUAUUGGGGACGGCUCAACUUCUACGGACUGGAUGGGGCACACAAGAGGGGCCAAGAACGAGGCAUCGGGCAUCGCAGGCGUUUGACAGGUUGUGUUGUGGAGGGAAGAGGUUGACCGCAUAUAAUCAUUAUUACUUGUACCUAUUCUAGGGAAUUCAGUGUAUAUCGAGGGCAUAUUCUCG